UCAACGUAUCAACAGCCAUGAUCCGAGCUCUUCUUCUCCUGGGGGUCUGUGUCUCCACAAUCUACUGUAGCGGAUAUCGACCGGGAUACAGAGGUGGAAAAAUCGGAGGUGGAGGAAUAGGGGGAGGAAUCGGAGGAGGAAUUGGUGGAAUCAUUGGAGGUAGAGGAAUUCCUAGUGGUCACAUCGGCGGCAGAAGUCAGUGGAGCCACCAGUCCUCCUGGCAGUCCGGUAGUCAUGGCGGUAUUAGUGGUGGUCAUGCUGGUGGCAUUAUUCCAGGAGGUUCCGGAGGAAUAAUCAGAGGUGGCCAUGGGGGUAGUGGAUGUGGACCUAACGGAUGUAAAAACUACGGACGUAAAUAGAUCGCUCUCAGGGAAACCUCUUAUUUACUUAUUUAUUUGAAUUUGAUGCCAGUAUUAUCUACGUAGUAAAUUGUUUUCUGUUAACUUCUCAAUAAAGUAUAUAAAAAGUC